UUGCUAUUACUAUUAUAAUAACAAACUGUCUAAGUGUAAUCAAUAAUCAAGUCUUAAAUUUUGUGUUUCUUUAAAUAUUAAAAUAUUUUAAACUAAUUGAAAUUAAUUUCAAAUCGCUAUCCUUAAUUAUGGAUACAAUUAUUGAUAGAGGGGCGCCGAAAGCUCGUAACUUUGAACCAUAUGCAAGUAAUGGAGGUUCAAUUGUUGCCAUUAGUGGUAAGGAUUUUGCAAUUGUUGCUUCUGACACGCGUCUUAGCGAAGGCUAUAUGAUUUAUACACGUAAACAAUCAAAGUUAUUCCAACUAUCUGACAAAUCAGUUCUUGGGUGCACAGGGUGUUGGUGUGACACAUUAUCAUUGACCAAUAUUAUUCAGUCUCAAUUGAAGUCAUAUUUGUACGAUCAUAACAAAAUAAUGCAGCCUAAUUCUAUUGCUCAAUUGCUAUCUACUUUGUUGUACAGUAGACGUUUCUUCCCAUACUAUGUCUACAAUGUACUUGCUGGACUUGAUAAUAAUGGUGAGGGUUGUUUAUACAGCUAUGACCCUGUAGGUCACUGUGAAAAAGUAAAUUACACUGCUGGUGGCAGUUCUGGUGUUCUCAUGCAACCAUUUUUGGAUAGUUGGUUGGGAAACCGGACUGCUGAUAAUCCUGUUACUGAAGAAGAAGCGUUGAGCUUGGUUAAAGAUGCAUUUACUGCAGCUGGUGAACGUGAUAUAUACACUGGAGAUGAAGUAGUGUAUAACAUAAUUAAAAAAGAUGGAAUCAAGACGGGUGUAGUUCAACUUCGUAAAGAUUAAACUUUUGAUGAAAUAAAAAUACUACAGUUAUAAUA